AUGUUUCGAAAGUUGUUGCGAUCGUAUUUGAAAUUGAUUUAUUACUUCUCAGGUCCAAUCGCCAGUGCCUUGGUUGGUAGGUUUGGUGCCCAAGCUGUUGCUAUCGUCGGAGGCUUGAUGGCAUCAGCAGGUUUCUGUCUAAGUGCUCUAGCGCCCUCUCUGGACUACCUCUUCUUUACAUACGGCGCUUUGACAGGUUUUGGAUUCGGUCUCUGCUACCUUCCUUGUAUUGUCAUGGUCGGUCGAUUCUUCGAGAAGCGUCGAUCUAUCGCUACAGGAUUUGUGGUCGCUGGUUCCGGCAUGGGUACUUUCAUGUUCGCUCCCAUCGUUCAGAUCAUUGUCGAAGCAGUCGGUUGGAGACACGGUUUCCUCGUCCUGGGAGCCAUGGAACUUACUCUCUGCCUAUGCGGCGCUACCUACAUCCCGAAGCUGAUACCUGAACGUCCUUCUCCUGAGGAUUACCAGAAGCACCUUAAAGAUCUUGAGAGACAGGAACACGAGAUGAGUUUGAACGACAUAGAGCUAACGGAACUGGACUCUAUUUUUUCACUGAGUACGUACCUGCCUGUUGGAAGUGUGAGUCAAAAUGUUAGUCGGAACGUCAGCAAAAAUGUGUCUGCGGCAUCACUGUCAGCCCCAUCAAAACCAUCGGCCGAUGAGUCAGCAGAAAACCAAGAUGCGGAGUCACUAAAUACGUUGAAAGCUGAAACUGUGACGCGGGUGAGCAUAGCAGAGGAUGCACGGACCCUGAUAAGCAUUAUGCCUUAUACUGCAGCAAUGGACAUCUACUCUAACAGGAUACCUUCGGCCUCCACCGUAGCAGUGCCAGAGUCGAUCCACGUAGACAGACGUUGCGGGCGCUGCAUAUCUCCAUUCUACAAAGUGUUGCGGUUACUGAAUAACCGCUUCCUGGUGGUGUUUGCCCUCUCAAACUUCGUCCUUUGUAUAGGUUACCAGUUACCAUACGUCUACUUCAAAUCUUAUGCCAUUCGUCUUGGUGUCGCCGAGGAUGAAUGGUCCUUCAUCCUCUCGGUCAUGGGUAUCAUGGAUACCCUUGGAAGGAUCCUCGUCGGCUUCGUGUUUGAUCGUGUCCUCGGGAAACAUUGGCGGAUGUUGGGUUACGUAUCAAGCUGCACUCUUGCGGGCGCUCUUCUCCUCAUUGUGCCGUUAGUUUCAGGAUACCUGAGCCUCGCCGUUAUUGCUUCUCUUUUUGCGUUGAUUGCCGGAUCCACGGAUUCGCUGACACCUGCCUUGCUUGUAGCAUUUGUGGGGCUGGACACACUAGGUUAUUCCUUUGGGUUCGUCAUCGAAAUGCAAGGAUUGGGAUUUCUCGUUGGACCACCAAUUGCAGGCGCCCUCUAUGGCUUGUUCAUGGAUUACGCUGUGGUCUUCUAUGCUGGAGGAUUUGCUUUUGUGCUUGCUGGGAUCAUCAUGGUGGUCGAGCCGGUGCUGGGUGGAAAAUUCCGAUGCCGAUCAAGAACCUAGUUGAAUUUUUUUAAAGCAUCGCCGAUCAUAACUUUAAGUUUAACCGUAAAGCUCUGUUGGAAGUUCACGAAAGCUCAUGAAGUUUAUGGAACCAAUUCUUUCUGAAGUAUGUACGAAAUGGCAUUUGCAAUGUUCCUUUCUUUCGGAAAUGAUAUGUAUCAAUUAAGAGAAAAUAUAAUUAAUUGGUAAGAUCUGAGUCUCUUCUUAAAAUUCAUGAUAAUAUGAAUUUAGAGACACUAAGAGCCUCGAUGUUUUGAUUAGAGAAAGGUAAACUUAUAAUGAACUAAAACUAGCAUGUAGACAUGUUUUAUGAAAGCAACAAUAGCAUAUCUAGAUAAAUAUUGAAAACAGAAAAAUAUGAUUGUGGAAGUAUUACAAAAAAGAAAAGGGAAAACAAAUAUUAAUGACUGGUAUUUCUGGCUUACCCAUAAAAAGUAGCGACAAAUAAAGGAGAAGAGCUGAAGAUGGGAAAUGAAAGAGACGGAGAGAGAAAGAGAAAGAGAAGAAGAAGAGGUCAAAUUUAUUUUCAAAAA